AUUUCUCUUGGCGAGGCGGCGAGAGAGCGAUGGCGCAGCGGCUGACUUACCGGAGGCGCCACAGCUAUGCGACCAGAUCCAACCAGACCAAGGUCGUGAGAACGCCAGGUGGGCGUCUCGUCUACCAGACCGCGACGAAGAAGGCGAAGGGGCCGCGAUGCGCGAUCACCAAGAAGCCCAUCAUCGGGGUUCCUCGUCUAAGGCCGAUGGAGUAUAAGCGCUCUCGCAUUGCCAGGCACAAGAAAUCCAUCAGCAGGGCCUACGGUGGAUCCAUGUCCGCGUCGGCAGUGCGCGAGAGGAUCAUGCGAGCUUUCUUGGUGGAGGAGCAAAAGAUCGUGAAGAAGGUUCUCAAGGUCCAAAAGGCGAAGGAGAAGCAAGCCGCCAAAGCCCAAGCUUAGAACGAUCUAAAGAAUGUGGCCUCUUUUUUUGUUUGAAAUUUUAAAGUCUCGACGUUCUCGUU